AGGAUGAAACUGAAGAAAGGGUCGUUUCUGUGGUACCUGUACCUGGACAAACUCUACUGCUUGCUGUCCGUGAGAAAUGUGAAGGCCUUGCUGGAAUACUUCAAACUCCUGGAUGUGCACCACAACAGCACCUUGAAUGAUGUGCUGUUCUACCACUUCCUUCGUCACGUGACCAACUGGAAGCGGAGACAGAUCACGAGAGUGUUCAACAUGCUGGACUGGGACGCCGUGGGCGAGAUCGGUUUCGACCAGUUCUACAUGCUGGUGUGCAUACUGCUGGCGCAGCAGAACCACUUGGAACAGCAAUUUAUCUUCCGCCAUUCCCGGCCUGUUUUCGAGCUGCUUGGAGAGCUGAGAGUUGGUCAAGAGAAUUUCCACAUGUACAACUUUCUCUUCAAUAUUAAAGAAAGCGAACUCCGAGAGUUCUACCGUGACUUUGACAUCACAGGGGACUGUCGUCUUAAUUACAAGGAAUUUAAGCUGUUUACUAUCGUCACCAUGGAAAAAUACCAGGAGAAGCAGAAGGCAGAGAACGAGAAGGCUCUGCUGAAAAUGAAAACGUUUUAUGAAGUUAAUGAGAACCCAAUACAGAAUCAUCUUGGAAUAAAUGUAUCUGAAAUUAUAAUAUAA